AACUAACCGAGGGAAGCACCCAACAGUCACAAAAUCACCACCUUUGCUGGUCCUUCAGCUGGGUUUUUGAUUUGGGGUGGUCCAAGGUGGGUUACGCCCGCGGCUCCCCAGAAAUGCCUAGAAACAAGAGAAACAGGAUUCUCUCGCCAAUCGGGCCUAUUUCAGGCAUCGCUCCAAGGACAAUGCCUACGCCUAAACAACCUGGGGUGCAGACGUAAGUAUCUCAAUUGGUUCAAACUAUGUUCAUCCCUCAUUAAUAACCCUUUAUAAUAGCAAGACGGAGCGAUCCAAGCUAAUAUCUACUCCGCGUAAACGCCGAGCUGCACUAUCAGCGGCUGCCCCUGAGAUAGUUGCCCUCCAGAGUAGCCCUACCGAGCAAUCAGAUCUAGCCUCUUCUCCCUAUUCUGUGGUUGGGUCGAUUCCUAGCGAAGCUACCGAACCGCCUUGUUUCCCCUCCGCAAAAGACCUUGUGCAGGUAUCAGAACUAAACCACCCAUUAGCAUCCCCUGAGGACAUCUGCGAAGAUCAAAGCGGUCGCCAUCCACUGAUAUCUCUCCCGAGAGAAUGUGGGAAGGAUCCGAAUUUUGCGGGAAUCCACUCUGGACAAAAUGCUCCCAUGCCUUCUUGCCAAGGUGAGGGACCUCUAUACCUGGGCGCACAGGGAACAUUGUUCCAUUCGCCAGGUGAAAGUAAUUCAGACUCAAAUUACGAUCAUAAGAGAAAUAAUCCUUCUCCCUUCCAUCCGGGCGUACAAGCUCCCGCAAAUUUCGGAAAUCAGCCAGGAGAAGUUUCUCUGGAAGUUUCUACUGGCCAGCUCUCUCGAUUGGGGUUCCCUACAGGUAAUGAAGGUUCUGGACUGAGAACUCGGGUUCCCUCCGGAUCCGCGCAGCCUCGGGCUGGUACUGGGGUCUCAACACAUCGUGAUCCAACGGGACUUAUUAGCUCUGAGAAUGAGCUCAUCGUGGAUCACUCGGAGGAAACGCCCGGUCUAGCCUCCCAAACAUGUCCACAGGCAACUCCUGAGAUCACAUAUCAGACCGGUUCACUUACUCAUCUACUUCAACCGGUACACGGUAUGCUCCGGGAGCCCCCAGGUGAUUUGGCUUCCUCCCCGGUGUUUACACCCAGUGGGAAAAAUCCAUCACCGAGAGGGGUGUUUCUACAAAUGGAGGAUAUACCAAGAGAGACAUAUCAGUUUGAAGCAGAGUGGCCAAAUCCUUUCCCCUCUGCUACUUUAAACCUCGAUGCCCUUGGGAAAUACUCACCACAGAUGCCGUUAUUUCAUGGGGUUCCCUCCUCUGGGAUCGCCAGUCCGGGAAUGGCGUCAGAGGUCCAUUCGUUCGGCCAAGCUGCUCCUGAUUCGCAGCCCACCCCCUACAGGAAUUUAUUCCCUAUUAUAAGCCCAUCCAGUGGGUAUUCUUCAAUUGAGUCUUGCGCGUUGACUGGGCAACCGUGCGCACCUAUUGGCAAGAGAGGCCUUCAAGAUUACGAAGGCUCUGUCGGUGAGAGCGAGGACCAGGAUGUGAUACUACUUAACUCCCACGCCGGUGUUUUCUCGGAUUUUCCCACGGGGCACGGUACUAUUCAUUCCGCUCCUGCAAUAAGAAAAUGCGAGUGGGUAGAUAUCUCUGAUCCUGGGGGAGAGGAGGACGGUGAAGAGGCGCACCAAAAUCUUCCACGUAGUUGGUGGAAAGCGAGCGCUUUUAGCAGUCCUCUUGAAGCCUUAAACGAGCCCGUCGAUGAAGAAAUCCUAAGAGGAAAUGACACUGCUUACAAGCACUCCGAGGACCUUUGCAAGCUCUUAAAUGCUCCUAGUUACCAAGCAAUUGAUAGCAUCCCUGGUGUUGGUCAGAGCUGGUGCAGGAUUAAGCUUCCCGUUGUUACCUUCCGAGGUCCUUGGCAAGAUAUACCUAACCCCGACGAAGAUGCUAUGAGUGGGAAAUACUAUGGGCAGAUUCUGUAUUCCUGGACCCCGUCAAAACGCCCGCCAAUUCAACCCAACCUCCCUGGUCUUACUGCCCUCUGUUUACCUGUAUCCAAUGGCACGGCGGCCAUGCCCGAAAGGCAUCAGCAGGUGGCCAAACCCUUGAGUAUCAUAGAGAGACGCAUGGCGAAGCAGAGGGCUGGAGUUCGUAAGAGUUCAAGGACGAAGAACCCAUCGUUAAAAAUGUAGCUUCUAAGGUGCAUUUUUUGCAAGAAUAUGCAGCGGGGGAUUGAAUUUUUUCUCAGACUCUCAAGGUUCAAGGGGGUAGAAUUAUCUUAGUCGAAAAUAAACCCUUUCGUUUAGAAAUCAAUUCUUUUUCCUCCCUUCCGUUGAAUCAGUGACAUUUCGGAGGAGAGAAAAGAGAAAAGAAAGAAAAGGGCCCGGUAUUCCUGGUGCCUUUGGUGCCUGCCGAAAUUUCUGGCAAUCUAAACCUCUCACGGUGAUUGUCGAAACCAGGAGAACGAUUAAGGGAUACCGCAACUCUUUCCUUCUUUUUUUUUUUUUUUUUUUUAAAGAAAUCCUACUAUUGGGCGAAUAACACUGGUUCUGUGGCCGUCCUGUAGCUCGCUAGAAUGAAGUUUAUUGAAGCCUAUUCGCUUACAUUGUUUUAUGCUCGGCGGAUUUUGUCGAGCAAUCCUUUGUAUCAUACUACCAAUACGAAAUGAUUGCAAAUGUGAAAAUCAAACAUAAGAGGCAGGGAGGCAAAGAAAAAAAAGAAAGAAAAAAGAAGUACUAUAGUAACAUAACUAUCCUAAAGCUCGCGGUCAAUGUCUCCGAAUCAUCUGCUGUACUAUUCUCAUCUCCUGAGCCACCCACUCUCCAACAACAGUCUACCUGUAUCCUAACCAAACUCUUACGAUAACUGCUACGGUAACUGUCCAGGCAAUAAGUCGUUCGAGGGAAAAGAUUAAAAAUAUGAGAAAGAUAAGAAAGAUGAAAAGAAAAAAAGAAAAAAAAAGAAGUGCUAAUUAAUUUGGCAAAUGUGUAAAGUAAGAAUGGAAAGGAAGUAAAAGCACAAAGACUUGAGAGCAAACGGAAUAUCCCCCCGGUUCGAGUAGCGGCCGCUUCCCCUCCGUUACCUCCUCUACCUAUCUAUCCAUCCAUUCCAUUGUUCGCUCCCCUCGCCUCUCGCUUUACUCCCCCCCUUCCCUUCUUAUUCUUAACCUCGGAUUUGGCUGCGAGGGGGACAAACGGCUCAAGUAUCCCCCUCCGGUUGGAACGCAAGAUCUAGGGCGAGGAAAAGGAGCGAGCAGAACAUAAUCGCUUUGAACCAAUCAGGAUGUGUGAUGGCUUCUGGAGCCUUUUGCUUGAGCGAUGCGGUCACUAGUUCCCCAUCCUGUUCAAUGAUGACGGGAAUGGGGAUCUGAUGAAUGAGUGGCUCUAGUGGUGUCUGUAGAGGUUAGUGUGUUGUAACUGUGGUGUCUGGAUUGGUGUAAGUCAUACUUUAACUUUCUCUAUGGCAAUGGAGGCGGUGGUUUGUUCAAGGGUACCAGGGGAUUCGCAAGGGAGAGUGGAAAAAUGAGGUUGUGGCGGUGGCGGUUGUGGGUGUGGGUGUGGCUCAGUGUUAGAUAUGUUCAUCUUUGCCUUGUUCUUCUUCCUGUGUUUGUGUUUUCUGGUGGCGGGUGGUUGGGGUUGUGUUUCGGGUGCGGAAUGGGUUUGCGCUGGGAGGUCUUCUACAUCGGUAGAUAUAUCUAUGCUGCUAAUUUUAGUAGAAGUAAUCUGGGCAGAAGAGCUAAUAGUUUCGCUUGUAGCAGUGACUUCAGGAUCUUCGGUUUGCACUCCGAAACUCCGAGUAGAAGCUAUUUCGAUGGCUUCAGUCUGGGAACUAGCAGUUGAGGUCUCUGUAACAAUCAAUUGAUCCUGGGCGGGCUCAGGGCAGACCUGAAUGCUAGAGUCCCGCACACUUAAUCUUGGGAUGAUGGUCUGGGCAUUGGUACCGGUCGCGGUAGUAUUCUGUGCUCCAACUUUUGCUUCUUUGUUAGCUUCCCCAUAACUCUCAUCACGAGGCUCCUCUCCCAUCC